AAAUGAAGCUUCUAUUUGGCACAAUGGUAUAGCCAGCGUAUUUGGACUAAAUCUAAGAAACGAGUGACUUGAUAACUGUAUAGCCGGUGGGUAUCACCUAUAAAUAUGUUUAACAUCCAGCCACGUCCUUAGUCAAUAGUCAAUUGAAGCUCCAAACAUUUUCUUGUUUAAAAGUCUUAUAGUCUCGUCACUUUUGAUAUACAGUUUGAGAAGCCAAAGAGCAGGAUGAGUGUGGAAGUGUUGGACAGUGCUACAAUUGUUAACUUCGUUGAAGAUGAAGAAGCAUUCAACGUCUCAAUACAGGAUCGGUUUGCGCAUCUUGACACUGACCAUGAUGGACUCCUCUCUUAUGCAGAGUUGUUGAAGGAGUUGCAGAGUCUGAGGGUCUUCGAAGCUCACUUUGGCAUCGAUGUUAAGACGGACCCCAAGGAGAUGGCUCACGUUUACAAUUCACUGUUUGUGCAGUUCGAUCAUGACUCCAAUGGGACGGUGGAUUUGGAGGAGUUCAAAGCAGAGACAAAGAGGAUGAUGAUUGCUAUGGCUAAUGGGAUGGGAUUCUUGCCUGUUCAAAUGGUCUUGGAAGAAGGCAGCUUCUUGAUGAAAGCAGUAGAGCUUGAAUCCGCCAAACUGGCUGCUUAAAUCUGUUACACUUGGGAACCUAAAUCCUUAAAAUUUCAGACUACAGAUUACAUUUUUGUUUUUGUUCUUGUUUUUUUUAAUUUGUUUCACCAAUUCCUAUGUUUUACAAAACCACGUCUGCUGAAUAAAUUGAAUUAACUAUAUAUGUCGUUACUUGUUGCGCAAACUUCAGAUGGAAAGUCAUAUAU